CGACAGUAUAGCGGUCCGUGAUGACGUCAGACGCUGGUCUCUGCUGCUGUGGGCCGCAGUUUGUUCAGGAGCACUAAAGAUCCCAAACUACUGCACGACUUCUUCUCACUGAUCACCGACUGCAGCCGGAGAAAAACCCUCAACAUGGGCAACUGUCAACCCACAAUCGUGCCCUACGAGGACUUUGAUGUUAUUGCUGACAUUAAGGGGAUCCGCAAAGCCUGCAAAGGGUUUGGAACUGAUGAGCAGGCCAUCAUUGACAUCCUGGCGAAUCGUUGUGCAUUUCAGCGUCAGGAAAUCAAACAGGCUUACUUCGACAAAUAUGAUGAUGAGCUGGUGGAUGUGUUGAAGAGUGAGUUGUCAGGGAACUUUGAGAAUGCCAUCCUCGCCAUGCUGGACCCGCCCGUCAUCUAUGCCGUGAAGGAGCUGAGGAAGGCCAUGAAGGGCGCCGGCACAGAUGAAGACGUGCUUGUUGAGAUCCUCUGCACCGCCACCAACUCGGACAUCGCCAUGUUCAAAGAGUGCUACUUUCAAGUUCAUGAACGUGAUCUUGAAGCAGAUAUCGAAGGAGAUACAAGUGGAGAUGUAAGAAACCUGCUCAUGGCUCUUAUGGAGGGCAACAGAGAUGAAAGCUACGAGGUGGACGAAGAGCUGGCCGAACAAGAUGCUACCUGCUUGUUUGAGGCUGGUGAGGGUUCUUUUGGGACAGAUGAGUCCACUUUCAGCUACAUCCUGGCCUCCAGAAACUACCUGCAGCUCCAGGCUACAUUCAAGAUAUAUGAGCAGCUCUCUGGAACUGAAAUCCUUGAUGCAAUCCAGAACGAGACGUCAGGGACUCUGAAAAAGUGCUACGUUGCUCUCGUGAGAGUCGCGAAGAACCCUCAGCUCUACUUUGCCAGGCGUCUGAACAAAGCCAUGAAAGGAGCAGGCACUGAUGACGACACCCUCAUCCGCAUCAUCGUGGUUCGCUCUGAGUAUGAUUUGGAGACCAUCAAAGACAUGUACCUGGAGAAAUAUGACGUGUCACUGAAAGACGCCAUAAAGGACGAGUGCAGCGGAGACUAUAAACGCCUCCUCCUGGCCAUCUGCCACUGAGAGUCCCACAUUCACGCUGAGCAGAUGUGGACGACAGAGGCAGAGACGGCAGAGCGUGUUUAUACUGAAGGUGCAGCUGAUUUCUGUGUAACAAACUAAUACUACUCAGUCUCUCCGUGUGACGGUAUGCAGGGAGCAGGAGGGUGGAAGCAGCUUGUGUCUCGUCUAAACUCUGAGUUAUUGUGAAUGUAGGUGGCGCUCGUUUUUAACUUUUUCCACAGGCAUUAAUUAUAAAAUUGGCAUUAAACUGGAUUAACUCAUCGGUCUUUAAAAGUACAAUUUCUGUCAAUCACUGCCUAUUUCUAAGUCUGUUUCUAGCGCUAAGUUUUUGACAGAUCUACCAGCAUUUACAUGGUCAGUUGUAGCUGUUGUCAACAAACAAGACAUACGCAUUUCUAGGAAAAAAACCCUUAUGCAUGGUUACAACAUAACAUCAUACUGGUUUGUACGCUAGCAUGAAGUCGCCUAUACCCUGCUGCUGCAUUUACAGAAGUUAUUAAAAGUAUUACAUUAUAAUCAAUGUAAGAGUAUUACAGUUUUAGAUCAACUAAUUCCAUAUUUAUGUGAUUUUUUGUGUCCAGAGCUGCUGUCUGUCACCCUCUGUGCCCCAAACUCAGUGACUGUUUUCAUUUCUGCUGUAAUGACUAAUGCAAUCAGUCCAUCUGAAGCUUGAAGUUUGAAGAAAUGUGAAUGUUUGUAACGAAGGAAUAUGUUCGUAUCAUGAAGGUUUGAAAUGUUAAGUGAAAGGAUUGGGUGAAUAUCCCUCACGGGUUAUUCAAAGAGAAGAAUCUAUUUUAUCAGAAACUUUAUUGAUUCAAUAUGUUGCAUUUUUUUUUAUCCGUUGACAAAUCCAAAUGCACCUCAGCUUGUUAUACGUUUUUUUUGUAUUUUACUAACGUAGAGAGAGAUUAAUAUAUUAGUAUAUUAUGAUUUGAAUGUUUUAGACAGGAGUUUAAAUGUGAAGAAACCUGUAUGAAGCGUAUCAUUUGAAUAGUCUGUCCUUUUGUUUCUCUAUAAGGCAGCUGAGAUUUGUACAAAUGACCACUACUGUACACAGUUUGAAACAAGCUGAGUAGUUUAUCAAAGUAAACUGAAGUACAGUAACAGGAACCAGGACAUUAGAUGGGUUGUGGGUUUAGUGUUUGUCUCUAUAGCCAAAGAAUUGAAGUCUAACUGCAAAUAAAGUUCCCUAUAACAUCAUUAUGUCUGGAUAUAUUUAAAAAUGUUACUGCCUUUAACUUGAUGAUGGAAUUAUGUAAGUGACUGUCAUAUCUUGUAACAGAGACAAGAACAUUAAAUUUAGCAAUUGAUUGAUCCAAAA